GCUGAUUCGCUAUUUUUACUAUCGGUUUUAUGAUCGUAAAAUAAGACACUAUGUAUACGUAUACGAUUAAAUUAGAAAUACCAGCAAAGCAAGGUGUGCUUCGAGAAGUUUAGGCUGUCUCCUGUAAAGGGUCCUGUCCUCUAAAUAUAGAGGACUGUCAGGUCCCCUACGGCUCCAGCAAGGGACUCUAUAGCGUCCUCUAAAUUUUAGAGGAUGUGGCAGGCACUCUAAAUGUGGAGGGCUCCGGGAGUGCGCUAUCCACGCUGCUCGUCCACCAGCCGCCGCGAGGAAACUUCCGCGUCCUCCUACCCCGCGCUGGCGACUGCAUCUUCCGGGGCCGAGCCCUCGAUCCAGCGCGCUUCGCCGCCGGCAUCGAGGCAGGAGGGCGAGAAGCGGCCGUGCGGAGGCGGGUCUGUCGGCGUAGAGCUCGCACCCCUUCGAACCGAGGCCGCGCGACCCACCGCAACCCAAGAUCCAAGCCAGCUUCCCCCUGUUCGUCGCCGGAGAGUCGCCAUCGGCAAAAGGCUUCGUCGUCCACCGACUUCGUCGAAGGCAGCCGACAAAAGGAAGAGAAGCUCCUCGCCGCCGUCGUCUUCGUCUUCGAUUCGGUCCACCGAGCCAGAUCCGCAAAGAGCGAGCCAUGGAUUCGGAGAACGAAAAGCUCCGUAAAGCACUGGCUACUCUGCUCAGAGUUGUUCAAAAGCGUAGUUGUGACAUCGUUGAUGUCGUCAAAUCAGCCUUCCAGCCUUUCAACUCACCUUUGGUCGACGAAUUGAACCGAGCACUAGUUGAGAUUGACGACCUCGCCAAGGAUCUUGAAGACGUAGCAGUGCAAACUCAGUGGGAGGUAGAAAAUAUGGCUAACAGUCAAGUGAAAGAACAUCCACAUCAAGAGGAAGCAGUAGAGGACCUUCUCAUACAAGAUGGUUCAGAAGACGACCUACUGAUAGACGAAGAGUCACCAAUUAACUAUGAAGACCUUGUGGGCUACGACGAUGGUCGUGACUACUCAACCGACGACACAUAUCCGUACUAGUGUUCUAGGUUUAACUUCAGUAGAAGUAUUGUAGCAUGUUCAGGUCUAUGUUCAGGUGUACUUGUCGGUUGGUAUGAUCAUGCUUUUGGGGGAGUUUAAUGUUCUGGUCUAUGUAAACUGAAUCCGGUUCAGUUACUACAAUAAUUAUUGUGUUUUGUUGGACUCUGUUUGCCUUACUUUAUACCAUGUUACAUGAUGACUACAUGCUCAUUUGUAUCAUGUUUGAUCUGCCUCUAUUGCAUAGAAUGGGGAGUGAUUGGAACCAGGUGAUGUCUCAAUAUGGAAGCUUCCUUAGCCAGAUUGACGAGCAGCCUAUUGGAACACAACAUUCUGAAUUUCCAGUUGAUGGGCAACCCGAGGGCUCAAGAACACCAGCUGUUACUAAAAAGCCAACUCAAAGAACUAAGCUAGCAAACUUCACUGCUGAAGAGGACACAAGGGUAUGCCAUGCAUGGCUUGCUGUUAGUUGCGAUCCCAUUAUUAACACAGGGCAGAAACGUCAAGGAUUUUGGAGUAGGAUUACUCAAGCAUACAACUCAAGACGAGGAACAUUGCCAGAAAGGUCCACAAAAUCUUUGAUGAGUAGAUGGGAUACUAUCAAAACACAUUGUUCCACUUUUGCUGGAUACAUGAUGGCAGUCCUCCGACAGAAUCCUAGUGGACUCAGUGACGCAGACAAGACAUCACUGGCAGCUUCUAGGUUUGCAGCAAUUGAGAAGAAGCCUUUCCACUUUUUACACUGUUGGGCCAUUCUUAAGGACCAACCAAAAUGGAUGGACAACCACAUGGGUCAACAACAUCAGCAAGCCAACGCUAAUCCCACACAUUCUAACACUGUCGAUUUGGAUGCAGAAGAAUCUGUACCAUCAAGCUUCACAUCCAAGAGGCCACUUGGUCGAGAUUCUUCUAAGGAAAAGGCAAAGAGGACUAAAUCUGUGGACACAUCUUCAUCAGAUUCUGAGUUUAUGACACGCAUGGGAGAUCUUUCUUUGGAGCGCCUGUCAGUGUACAAAACAGCUGUUACAACUGAGGAAAAGAAGUUGGAUUCAAUGAACAGAAAUGAGGGGCAGAAAUUGCUCCUUGAAAAGAAGAAGUUGAACCUAGAGAAAUUAAGGCUUGAAAGGCAGAAACUAAAGGAGGACAAGGAAGAGGAGAUAAUGAUCUUAAGCAUGGAUUUGAGCAAAUGUAACCCUCUACUCCGCCAGUACUAUGAAGCCAAGCAACAAGAGAUACUGGCAAGGGUUACUGGGUCUACUUCAUCUGGCCAGUGAAGGUUCCUUACUUAAUAUGUUUGUUUGUCAUUUAUGAAUGAGGCGUACUCGGACUUGUUUCUGUGAGCUUGCUGUCGUCAGACCCUAAUCUGGUUUGUACCAGAUUUUUUUAGGUCGUCUUUGAACUAUUUGUUUUCAAGUAUUUGUUUUG